AUGGAAACAGCAACCCUAAUUGCCAUCUCUAUAUCUGGUUUAAUUGUCAGUUUUACCGGGUAUGCCCUAUAUACUGCUUUUGGGCAACCCUCUCAACAACUAAGAGAUCCAUUCGAAGAACAUGGGGACUAG